CUUGUAAUCUUAAUAAUGGCGGAGGAAAUGAAGAAGGAAGUUGCAGCUGAAACGCCAGUCGCUCCUCCUCCAGCGCCGGCUGCGGAGGUUCCGAACGCUUAUUCCAAGAAAACAACCGUAGCUCCACCGCCAGCGGAGGAAAAACCUGAAGAAUCGAAAGCUCUUGUGGUAGUUGAGAAAGCUCCGGAGCCAGAACCAAAGAAAACUUCGACUGGCUCACAUGACAGAGACGUUGCCCUUGCAGAGGUUGAAAAGGAGAAAAGGUUGUCAUUCAUCAGGGCAUGGGAAGAUAGUGAGAAGACCAAAGCGGAGAACAAGGCCCAGAAAAAGCUCUCUGCUACUGUAGCAUGGGAGAACAGCAAGAAAGCAGCUCUGGAAGCAAACCUGAGAAAAAUUGAGGAACAAUUGGAAAAGAAAAAGGCAGAAUAUGCAGAGAAAAUGAAAAACAAGGUAGCUUUACUUCACAAGGAAGCAGAGGAAAAGAAGGCAAUGAUCGAAGCCAAACGCGGAGAAGAGCUUCUCAAGGCAGAAGAAAUGGCUGCAAAAUACCGCGCAACCAGACACACACCGAGAAAGCUCCUCGGCUGUUUCUGAAAGUUACAAAAUCUCAUGUUCGGUCUCAAAGCAAAUUCUAUUGAUACUGUUUUCAUUACAACACUUUUUCUUGUUUGUAUUUUGUAACUCCCCCCCUUUUUCAACUGUAUCAUCUGUCUUGUCUGUUUCUAUGUCCUUUCAUGUAUGAACAGAAUGGAAGAACAUCAGAAUUAUCUAUUAUUGAAUUGAAUGUGUUGAUAUGGGAAUAUCAUUUU